UUGGAUGGCUGACAAAAGGUCUACGGAUAAACAUGACUUGGACUCUGUGAACAGAGAGCAUUACCCAGUAGAAGAACGUAGCUCCGAUCGUGAAGAAGACUUGCCAUUUUCCAGUGACCUGCUAAAGCUCCGGCUCUCUCCCAUCCCUUCUGAUAAAAACAUGGAAUCUUGUCCUUCACUCUCCGAAUUCCAACAGUUAUCUGCUGUGCAAGUCAUUCUCAGUGAGACCUCGUUGUCAUCCACUGAAAUUGAAGAGGAUAUCCCAUUAGACACAGAUGAUUCUGACUAUGAACGGUUGGAAGAUGCUAAUCAGAAGUAUAAGGAACUGGCAUCUGUAAACAUUUCUCCUAAUAUGGAUCAGGUGUUUGCAAUUAGGGAUGAAUAUAAGGAUGUGGACCAUGAAAAGCAUGUCACUGAUGGACUUGGCAAUACAGUACCACAUAAUGUGACAAAUCACAUGUUUGUAUGUACCAGUCAAAUGAACAAUGACUUCUCGGUAAGCAAGAAUAGUGAACUUUCAUCCAUCCGGGAAUCAGUAAAAUGUGAGGAAGAGGGCAUUCUAACAGAUGACAUGAUGAAAGGUCAAGAAAGAAGUCCUGAAAAAGUUAAUAGUAUGGGGGAAAGUCAAGAUAACGUACCUCAAUAUGCAGAAAUGAAUUCAGAAUCCAGAAGCUUCAGUAGCUCCCUUGACGUCUCGUAUUCCUGCAAUGAAAGUUUCUCAGAAUGUGAGCAGGAAUCGAAGGAAUUUUCAUGGAGCAGCCAAGAUCUGCCUUCCUCGGUGGAAGACGAGGUCCUGAUGGAAAGUCACAAUGUCGAUCUCGCCUUACUGGAUAACAGCACUGCAGACCAAGAGCAAAGUGUCAAUCCUUUGGCCACAGUGAAUGAAAUCCUUUCAAACAAAAGUGCUGGGUUAACCUGCCCUCUUGAAACAGAGCAGGAUUUUAAAUCCGAGGAAAGCCUGCUGGGUCUACCUGUGCCUUUCAAUGAAGACCUUCAUACAUCGAUGAACGAGGAGCUGAUUUCAGAUUGUCUUGAUUUACCUCCUCCUCCAGAUGACAUUUUGUAUUCUGACGAAGAAACAUUGCAAUGUAUGGCUGAUGAUCAUUCCGAUAAAAGUUUGGACCUACCAUCCCUUUCAGAAGAUAUGUUCUUUACAGCCAAGGAAAGUAUUCAUACAAAGGAGAUGAAGAGAAAUAAUCCUAAAGGAUGUGAGACCCCACCUGAGACUUUGGAGAAUUCAACAAGCAGGGAAAGAGACACUCAUACUGAAGAAACUCGAGGAAAUGAAAUAAUUGGCCAUAAUGGUUCCGAGAAGAAGAUUCCUUUUGUAACUCUAAAGCCUACUGAAAGUGAUGAUGAAAACUCCGACCCCCUGUCUUCAUUCAGGAUCGGGGACAGGGUUUUGGUUUGCCUAUCUAAACCCGGAGUGCUCAAGUUUAAAGGUCUCACAAAGUUUUCAAGUGGAUACUGGGCAGGAGUAGCUUUAGAUAAACCAGAAGGUUAUCACAAUGGCACAUUUCAAGGUAUUCAGUACUUUAGUUGUCCUCCCAAAUAUGGGGUCUUGGUCAGAGCAGAAGAUAUAUCUCAUCUUUUGGAAGACCGCAAAAAUGAUUCCUACUCCAAUGAUCCAGAUGAAGAUCCAUCAUCGGGAGAUGAAGAUCCAAAGAGUUACGGGUCAUUUGAAAAAGACUUGACGACGGAAAAAUCAACUGAUCGAAAAGAGGAAGGUACAGGAAAAGGAAGCCAGGAGACGGAUGGGAACAAUUCCAAAUUUUCUAAAGUUUGCCAAAGUGGUUCAUGCAAUCCAUCAAUUCCGGAAUUAAAUAGUAGGAUUCAUAAAGAACCUUCUGGAAUAAUUAAGCAAUGCCUAACACUGCAAAGGUUUCUGUUGGCAUCUACACUAGCGGAGCAUAAUAUGGAUGAAAAUGAAUUACGAGAUGCCAUCGAUGAAGCCAAAAUAUCAGUUCAACAUUUGGCAAAUAACUUCUUCAACCAUGUCAUACAGACAGCUAAUAAAAUGUAUGGACCUAAAUUGCAACCAUUUGUGGUGUGUCAAGGGGAAAAAAGAAAAAUUAAUAUCAUCGUGCUUACCGUAAAUGAGGAAUUUCGAAAAAGUAUUUUUGACGAGAACUCUUUUCUCCUCAUGGAUUCAAAAUGUAAGCAAUCAGAUGUGGAAAUCGUUCAAAAGCAAGGCAGAUUUUUAGUGUCCGACUUGGGGCCAAUGAGCAGAGUUACAAGAGGAAGAAGAAACAUCUGGGGAUCGGUCAACGGGAUGAUCGGCGAUGUCAUGGAUGAGGUAGCGCAAGAGCGGUGGAAUACGAGGAGACCAUCCCUUAAAAUGGACAUUAAAAACUGCUGAAGAUAUCAUGACUACUGUGUUUAGCAGGAGCGUUCAAAGAGAGGGAUGUCUUUUAAUUAGGUAGACCAACAAAGAGCUGGAUUUAACAAUGAAGAUGAUGGAGGCCACCGGAAGAUGCCUGAUGUCUGUCCGCUGCACCAAGAAUGACCACUGAAUGCCUAAAGAGAAUUAAAUGAGCUCCUUUUCAAGAAAUGAAAUUUUUAAAUUGCUGAUAAUCGAGACGCUUUAAGGUGUAAUCAUUUGAAAAGUCUUUACCGUACUUCACAAUUCGCUGAAAACAAGAUGAAAUCAAAUAGGGGAGCCUAUGAAGGGUCUUGUUGGGGUCUCGGGCAGAGCCACACACCUCUCAAGUGUAGCAAGUCUGCUAUUUCUUUUCAUUAAGAGGGCAGAACUUUUAUAAUUUAUGGAAUUGUUCUUUAAGUCGUUACCCAGCCUGGCUGCUUUUCAAAAUCUUAACGUUUGCGAAAGAAAAAUAUCCAGACUUUCACACGUCCAUUUAAAAUGAAACGUACUGAAUAUCUGCUUCCUAUGCUUUUCUACUCUAGGCUGGUCAUAUAUGCACCAUCUUUAUUAAAUUGUGGCUAAUAUGUUAAUUGUUUUGUAGUUGACAUCAUGCUUGGAGAGAUUUUAAAUUUAAAUGUUAUUUAGAUUUGUGAGUAUUUACACUGGGGCUGUGAUUCCAUGAUAGAUAAAUUGUGAAGGCAGUUAAACUUAACUGAAUUAUUAGCCAAUCAUGCUUAGAAGCAAAAGACAAAUUAUGACUUAAAAGCGCUAUAAGAAAAAAAAUAUUUAAAAGUUAUAAUUUCACCGUAUAUAAACAACGUGAUUUUUUUUUUCCUGUUUAUUUGUGUGGAUACAAUUAGACGUGAAGAAUUUCAAGAGACCCUCAUGUUGUCCACCAGAACGACAAGUGAACAGCCGAGUCUUCUGUCAAGAUGGACUAAAUAAAACGUAACUGCGGGUUUUCUUCCCUCGUUCUGUUUCUUAAAGAGAUGCCAGUAUCUCCAUAUUUACAGUACGUAACACAACGGGAAGUAUGGAAGCUGGGGAUUUUCCAUGACUUUGAAUGCACGUGUGAUGUCUGCAGAACUUUGUCUGUGCCCCACUCUUCCUCAGGUCGCUCACCACAUCGUGACGUGUGGCAGUGUUGGCUUCUUCAGGGCGCUUUAUGCCGUACAGAUCGGUCGUUCGGUUUGUUCGGUUGCUUUACUUUGCGCUGCACGGCACAGCUUGUGGCCACAAACACCUUCAUGUUCACUUUAUUAAUAACGGCGUCUUCAUUUUUAAACUCCCUCCAUCAGUCUAUGGAUUUGCUUCACCUUUAACAAUGACUGAGAGUUCUGCUACUGUUCUGCUAAAAGUGACGUACAGAGAUGUAAUUUUAGUGGAGCUUAUUUACGGUGUGAUGCUUUUUUGAGUGUAAAAGUUCCAUAUUUUAAAUACAUGUGAUUAUAUUUAAUAAUAAUAACAUUUGUCUACCAUGCUGUAUUGUGUUUAUAAGCCUAUAUGUAAUCUCUCUACCGUGAUUAAGCUUCAGCUUAACGACACAUAAAUAUCUGGACCAAAACGUUUGCACUUUGCCUAUGCACUUCCUUGUAAAAACAUUUAUUUCUAAGGUUUUGUUUUGUUUGUUUCCUUAAAAUAAGAUUUUGCCUGAUUUUAAAUAAAUAAAACUAUUUUUGU